UAGCCGUUUGGCCGGAAAGAGGUUGGUGUUGUUGGGAAAUAUCCGGGCAUUUGUGUGAGCGGGCCGCUUUGUUUGUGUGGCCGGAGGAACGAGGAGCUCGGUCGGAGUCCAGUCUGCACCCGUGUCCUGGUGGAACGAUACAAACCUCCUUGCAGCUGAAAUACAGAAGUGUACACUUCUGUCACAGCGGAACAUGCUGCAUGCUGUGUAGAUUAAUCAUGUAUGAAACUGAUGCACUGUGGUAUUAGAUUGAUAUAAAUACAGCAUUAAUCAUAUUGAGGAAAAUGAAAUCAUGCAUCAGAACAUCUGCAUCUUCUGUCCUUGGAUGCCACUAAGACGCAUCAGUAGAUUCUGAGGCUGAAAGAAGACUCCAGAAGUAAUCAGAGGCCAGUGUUUGGUUUGCUGUUUGGUUUGGUUUGGUUUGGUUUUACUGAGGCUGCCUAGGAGGACCCCCAUCCCACCCCGCAUCCCCACUACUCCUCCACCAUGAGCAACCGUGGGAACGCAAGGACCAACGGGAACCUACCCCAGACCAAGAUCUGCCAGUUUAAGCUGGUGCUCCUGGGAGACAUGGCAGUGGGCAAGUCCAGCUUGGUCCUGCGUUUCGUCAAGGGCCAGUUCGAUGAGUUUCAGGAGACCACUAUUGGAGCUGCUUUCUUGGCUCAGUCAGUUUGCCUGGAUGACACCACGGUGAAGUUUGAGAUUUGGGACACAGCCGGACAGGAACGCUACCACAGCCUGGCCCCCAUGUACUACCGCGGAGCCCAAGCAGCCAUUGUAGUGUUUGAUAUUACGAAACCGGAGACGUUUGAGCGAGCGAAGGCCUGGGUGAAGGAGCUUCAGAGGCAGGCAAGUCCCAACAUCGUCAUUGCGCUGGCAGGAAACAAGUCCGACCUCGCAGACAAGAGACUGGUGGAGUACGAGGAGGCUCAGACGUACGCUGAAGACACAGGCUUGUUGUUCAUGGAGACCUCGGCCAAGACUGCUAUGAACGUGAAUGAGUUAUUCCUGGCCAUCGCAAAGAAGAUGCCGAAAACAGAUACUCAGAACCCGACGCACGCCGCCCGACACAGGGGAGUCAACCUGCAUGACCCAGAUGCCCAAUCCAGCCGAAGCUGCUGUGGGAAUUAAACAUCUCUCUGUCCACCAUCUACAUCAACAAGGGACACCACCGGCCCCCUUCCCCCUCGUUCCCCACCCUCCACCCUUCCACCUCCAAGACUGACAUGGAGAGAGAAAUAGAGAGAGAGAGUGUGUGUGUGUGUGUGAGAGAGAGAGUGACAGAAAAGAAAAAAGAAGAGAGGUUUGGAUCCCUCAUUGAGGUGUGGUGUUAAGUGCAGAAUUGGUGAGAACACUUGUACUGUAGAAUACGGGACUGUGUGUGUGUGUGUGUGUGUGUGUGUGUGUGUGUGUGUGUGUGUGUGUGUGUGUGUGUGUGUGUGUGUGUGUGUGUGUAUGGCACUUAAUGGUGGAUGUCUGAUCCCUGAUCCUGUUUAUUUUGCCAACAUUUAUUUUUGAUUACGCAAGCAGUUGGGAAUUGCAGAGCUAAGAGGAAAACAAGAAAGGGAGUAAAAACUAUCCUCUAAUGGCUUCUCAGCACUAAGAAGAACCACAGCACCUUAGUUUUGCCCCAUUCAUCAUGCAACAGCAAAGCAUGUCAAUGAAAUUAGAUGGAAAUGAUCGCGAUUGGUCAUGAUCAGCCCCGGACACUUUCUCCUGCAUGUACGUAGACGUUACCUUCUUCUACAGCUGUAAAAUAUGGACAGGAAGCGUUUUCCCUGCCCCCUUCCCUCUUCUUAUGUGCUCUCCAGUCAUCUGUUCAUAUCUGCUUUGUGAUUCCUCUUCUGUUGGAAACUACUGAUUCAAUCGUCUGUAAAGUACUAGUGUUAGUAACAUAAAUAUAUGAUUGGUAGCAAUCCUACAUGAAAACUUCAAGUAUCCGGUCUUGCUCCGAACACAGAGGUCACACAGAUCCAGUCUUCUUCUUGUGCUGUUUGUCUUGAAGCAACAACAAAAAAAAAACACCCGCAGUCAACCGCUUUUAAUGUGGACAAUAAAAAAAAUCUGACAUUGCACAGAGGAAAAUGGUGGUUGAGUUGGGGGGG